AUGUGAUUGAUAGUCUUUUUAUUUUCAAGCUUCUCUUGUGAGCUAAUUAUUGAAAGAAUUCCCUCUACAAAUCCUCCACCUUACUACAGAUCGUUUUCCUUAAUGGAGAGCUACCCAAACCGUUACUUUAUCAUUCUGUAUGGAGGCUUUCCAGACCCAUCUAGCAUUUUUGGUGACGUAUGGCUUUUCAACACAAAAGAUGAAAUUUGGAAUAAACUUGUCCCAUCAAACGGCGUUAUCCCAGGUAAGUUUUAUUUUAGCUGCAAGGUAUAA